AUAUCAUAUACAGCAAUCCGUGGUUCAUGAUUUGAAAAUAAACAUGGGAGUGAAGUGUUGUGAUUGUCUUCAUUAAUAUUUUGUAAUGAUAAACGUGUUAAAUAAGUUAUAAUGUGGAGGGUGAUUACAAACUCCUUAUUACCAGUUCAACGAAGCAUCUUUGAAUGUUCCGGGAUGAGACAUUUUGCUUUUAGCAAAAGACUGUUCCUGUCUGAUGCUUACAGAUGUCAAGAAGCCUGGGAAAGAAGACUACAGAGUCCUGCUCUGCAGAAUAUAAAAUUAGAUGACAUGUACCAAGAACUGGACAGCAGGUUUCAAAAUGUGGGGAAAGCAAGUGCUAUUGACAUUGAUUUGUUUGCAAAUGCAGUGAGGGACGAGUCUUACGCAAAUGACCUGGAAGAACUGCUUCACAAAUUACGACUAAGUCCAAACACAACAGAUAUGCUGCAUUCUACAUCACACGCAGUUAUUCGCUACUUUCUUUCAUUGAGAAAAUAUGAUGAACUUCUUCAUAUUCUUAAUGACAGAUUAAAUUAUGGAAUUUUCCCAGACGACUACUGUUGUGGUUUACUUAUGGAUGCUUUCAUUAAGGAAAACAAUUACACAGCUGCAGCCAAGGUGAGUGUACUGCAGAUGUUGCAAGAAGACUGGUCACACCCAAUCACCUCACAUCUUGCUUUAUAUUCCUGUCACAUGUAUCUUAAAAACCCUGGAAGUUGGGACGACCCACUUGAUGUACACGAGCCAGAUGACGGUGAAGAGGUUAAAGUGAGGGUGAAAUAUUUACGCAACCCUUACUUUGACGAUCACUUUGACUUGCGUGAUCCACAGCUGCUUGUUGGAAAGACGUUAGCCACCCUUGGUGCUACAUUUCCUGAUCCUGUAGGAUGGACAUACCAACUUGUUGGCUGGGGGAUGUACCAGAAAUGGGACAAAGCUAUUAGGACUCUAGAACAGAUCCUCAAAGGACAGCAGAAACCUGCAGUGUUCAGAGAAGGAGUUGAAAUGUUUACAGACACUCUGAAUGAACUUCCCCAAGCAGAAGCCAGUGCAGAUCAAUUAAAAGGGAAAUUCUUGCACCUCCUUAAAGAACUUGAUUCAUUAGGCUUGGUCACUGACAGUGAUCUGCAUGAAGCAGUGGUAAAUAAAGUUAAAUCUGUGGUAAGCAGUAAGGAGAAAGAAGCUGUUGAAGAACAGUGCAAAGUGUACAAGGAAUGGGAAACCCAGAAACAGAGGUUACUGCAAGAACAAUUGGAUGAGUUAAUAAGGCAGCAGCGUCUGGCAAAGGUACAGCUAGAAAAGGAAGCGCUCGUAAAACGUGAAGAAACACUCUUCUUUUUUGAUAAUCAAGAAAAGUGGGAACUUGAAAUUGAGAGAAAGAAAGUGUUCUAUCGCAGACGUUACUUUGGCAAGAGGAAGAAGCCAAGGGUUGAAGAUGAUAAUUACAUCCCCCCUGAAGUAAAAGCAAGCAGAUCCUGAUGUGUGGGAUUGCAGUUCUGUAAAGUAACUUGUCUGUUAUAGUGCAGUAAUAAAACACUGACCUUACAGUAAUAUCUAUUAAGAAGUAAAAUAUAUUUUAAUUUUAUUAUGUGAAGUGUAAAUAGUAUGGUGACGCAACUGAUUAUUUUUUAUUGGUUACCGAGUUACUCUCAGUAUUCUUAUUCAAUGCAUAUGAAACUUUAAUUUUCUUCUCUUCAUUCACUGACCUGAAAAUGCCCAAAAUUUCACAUAUGAAAUAUUUAUUUUUAAUUAUUGUGUGUGCUUUUCAAAACAUACCAGUUUGUGUACAGAGUACCCUGGUACUCUGUACACAAACCAGGGCUUGAAAUGGUAAGGCAUCCCUUCAAACAUUUUGAAAAUGAGGGCAAAACAAGUCUGACAAAUUAAUAAAUUAUUUCAUUUUACAUAUUCAUA